AUGGGCCGGCGCAUCCAACGCCUGGAGCGCCUGCGGCGGCUGAACGCGCGGGUGAGAGCUGGGCGCUCCAAGCCGAAAGGAUCGAAACGGGAGAGUUCUUCCCCUGCGGCGGGGAAAGCAUCGACCGAAUCGGCUGUGAAGAUCCAGGUGCAGCUGCAGCUGGAGAAGAGCAGAAACGUUCUUCAGCCAGCGGCAACUUCGAAACGACAUGAAGAACUCCAUGCCCGUUCUGCUGUGAAGCGCGCACUUCCUCGAUAUGCUCGGAUCAACAUGCUGGCGCCAGGAGUGACUUGGGGCCAAGUGCAGCGGCACCUACAAGAGACGGGGCACAUUUUUUGGCGCCCCAGUCUCAAAGAGAAGCGCGAGGCGGCACGUCGAUCCGCAGGUUUAAAGCCACCAGAUGGCAAGAAGAUCUACUACCGAGAUGUGCACUUGCCCGAGCUCCUGGUAUUUCGACCAAUGGGUCAGUCCUACACGGAGGAUGUGGAGAUGUUCGACGAAGGCGCCCUGGUCUUCCAACAGAAGGCCUCCGCCUUUCCCGCCAUCGCCUUGGAUCCCCCGAGAGGUGCACAGGUCAUCGACGCCUGCGCGGCACCGGGCUCCAAGACUUCGCAGAUGGCAGCCAUGAUGUGCAACGAAGGGCAGAUCUUCGCCUUCGACCGGGACGGCCGGCGCUUGAAGACCAUGAUGACUUUGAUGCAACAGCGACACGUCACCUGUGUGGAGCCUGCUGAGAAGGACUUCCUCAAGAUAUCUUUCAAGGACGCCAAGUACCGGAAUGUGACCCACUUUUUGCUGGAUCCCAGUUGCUCUUCUUCUGGCAUGACUGCGCAGCCGCUCACAAAGCCAGCAGAAAUGCAGCAGUUGGCGAAGAAUCAGAAGGAGGUGAUUCUUCAUGCAAUGCGCUUUCCUUCAUGUCAGCGCAUUGCCUAUUCGACCUGCUCGGUUCACGAACAGGAGAAUGAAGAGGUUGUGCAAGAUGUGCCUCAGCAGAAGCCAAGCUUGGACUUUUCCAGACAUCCACUCUUUGCAGGGGCUGAGCGCUGUGUGCGCAGCAGCUGGGAGGAUCAGACCAUCGGUUUCUUCUGUGCUCUCUUUGUGAAAAACGAAAUCCUCAUCCUUUCGUCCUCCUGGGCUAGAAAUCGACAGGUUCGCGAAGGAGAAUGGUUUCUGGCCGACUUCGCAGUGGCUCUCGCCUUGACCUCAGGCCGUGACCGUCGAGAUCGAGAUCCUCGAGAUCGGGGAGAAGACCGAGACCGCCGAAACGGCCGCGACCUCCGCGACGGCCGCGACCGCCGUUCGCGCGAGCGCCCUGCGCGGGAGCGCGACCCGCGCGACCGGGGGAACCGCGGUCGGUCCAAGCCUGGUCGAAGCAGGGACCGCCGAAAUGGGGACCGAAGGCAAAGAAGUUCGGAAGGCGCCGCGCGCAAGAGACGCGAGCGAAGCGAGCGAAGCGACAAGAAUCACCGCAGCCAAGGACGAGAUCGCAGUCCUGUGACCUUCAAAGGUCUCCUGGAGGCGAAGCGCGCCCGGAGAGCCGCGGAAACGGCGAGCGAUUCACCAUCGCAGAAGAGAGAAAGAAAAAACAAGAAAAAGAGGAGAAGAAAAGAGGACAAGACGGAGACGGAAGAGAAGCCAGCGGAAGAUGCUGAAACUGACGAGGCUGACAAGGCUGAGAAGGAAAGCGACCAGGGACAUCCUGAGACGGACGUGGAAGACAAGGACGCCGAGAAAGAUGACGAAGAGAAGGACGAUGAUACCGAGAAGGAAGAAAAGGAGAGAGACGAAGAUGAUGAUGAAGAAAACGAUGAAGAGGGGAACGGCGAGAAUGCCGAAGACCACGGCAAAGCACUGGACGAACAUCUGGACGCCAACGAGCUCGCCAGCUACUGGCAGCAGGAGAACCAAGAAGAAGAGGCCAAGACAGACGUUGUCUCCGAGGCUGAGGAGGCUCCUGCACUGGCAGCCCGACCCAAGGCUCGGCCACGGCAGGCGGAUGCUGUGUGCAACGCCAAGGCAACGGCGCGACAGAGGAGUGAGGGGAAGAACAGCUCGGUGCCCGCGGCCUCUGCGGCCUCUGCGGCCUCCGCGGCCUCCAGCGACGAGCCUGAGACCGCACCGAAAGCGAAAGGACAUGAACGUGUCCGUGUCAAGCGAAAGCGGAGAAGAAGGAAGAGACGGGAGGAUGAGAAGAACAAAACCGACGAGGACAAGAAGCCGGAGCUCGCUGUGACAUUGCCUUCGGUUGCAGAGGCAGAGAACACCCGGAUGGCGGAGGCGGAGCACACUGAGCAGACGGAGUCAGCCCCGGAGGAUGCUGAUGCUGAUGACAACGAGAAGGAAGGUACCAGUGAGAAGGCUGACAGCGAUGGACAUGGAGAGGCUGAAGAGAGAGAGCUAAGCAUGCGCGUGGCUGCAGAAGCGAAUGCCUUGAUCCGGGAGGUCUACCAGCGUCAGAAUCCGGCGAAACUCGGUGAGGUGAACGCUUUGCUGGCGAAAUAUGCUGGAGCAGAGCUUGCCUUGUACGAACGCGUCUGCGAGAAGUAUGGGGAAGAGCCUCAGGACAUCGAAGUGAUCCUUCAAAAGGCCGCUGCUGAAGUUGCCAUGCGAAGGGGCUCGAUGGGCUCCGGCGAUGCUGAAUCCGAGAAGGCACCACCUACACUGGCGGCCACCACCUCAAAACAUACUGAAAUCAUCUGA